AUGGAGGCCUCCUCAAGAUUGGAGCUUGAACAAGCGCAUGCUGAGCUUUGGAACCUCACCUUUAGCUACCUUAAGUCCAUGGCGCUUGAGUGUGCGGUACAACUCAACAUCCCCAAUGUUAUUCACAACUUUGGUGGCAAAGCCUCUCUACCCAAUAUUCUCUCUGCCAUCCCAGUUCCUGAACAUAGGAGGCCCUAUCUUCCACGCCUCAUGAGGUUUCUUGUUGUAUCAGGCAUUCUUUCCUUUGAUUCUCCCACCUUAGGGGAGGGGCGUGAUCCACAAUUCAACAAAGUCUUUAAUGCUGGGUUGGGAUCUAAUAGUCGGCUUGUGCUAGACUUUGUUGUGGCCCAAUAUGGUGAUGUGUUUGAUGGCAUAAGCUCACUGCUCGAUGUUGGAGGGGGGGAUGGUAGCACAGCGAGGACCAUUGCAAAGGCUUUCUCACAUGUCAAGUGCUCAGUGUUGGACCUCCCAAUUGUUAUUGCUGACAUACAGCCGGGUGAUGGCUUGGUUGACUAUAUUGCAGGUGAUAUGUUUAGCUCAAUCCCACCGACUGAUGCUAUUGUGCUUAAGUAUGUGCUGCAUGACUGGAAUGAUGAUGACUGUGUCAAGAUCCUAGAUCAAUGCAAAAAGGCUAUACGUUCUUGCAAACCAGCUGGAGGAAAAGUGAUAAUCAUAGAUACAGUGGUUGGAUCUCCUUUGAAAGAGAUGUUCGAAGCGCAAGUCACAUCCGAUUUGUUGAUGAUGGUGAUAGCCGGGGGUAAGGAGCGUGAUAAGCAAGAGUGGCACAAGAUAUUCAUGGAGUCAGGAUUCAAGGACUACAAGAUAAGGCCAGUUCUGGGAUAUCUGUCAAUCAUCGAGCUGUACCUGUAG